CCUUCAGAUCUAGAGGCACACGCAGUGGGUGACAGGAGAGUGCCCCCUCCCCCCGGGCGGGUGGGGGUGGGGAGAGGAGCAGGGACUCGGCUUGGAGAAGGAGGCAGGGAGGCAGCUGCAGUGCUGCGAGGGGUGCGUGCGCGUGUGCCCAGCUCGCCUGCCGUCUCCCGGCUCCGUCUGCGCUCCUCGGUGCGUGGGGCACGAGGGUCCCAGGGCCGGGAAGCCAGAGCAGCACCUCUCGCCCAGGCCUCGCUUCCUCUGGACGCCCGGCAGUCCCCGGGGCUAGAGCGCACGGGGCGGGGCGCGAGACCCGGGCCGCGCUCCCCGCCCCCGCCUCUCGCGCCCUGCCUGGCUCCCUCUCCAUUGAGUUUUCCUGCCUCGGGUGCCUAUCAAUGGUCCUGCUCGGGGAUGCACACGCAGCUCGCGGCCGGAGGGGGGUAGCAGCCGCCGCCUCCAGGUGCAGGUUCUCUCCGGCCGCCGCCGCCACCCGCUGUCGCCGCGACUCGAGCCCCGGGCGCACUGAGGUCUUGGCCAUGGGGCUGCGGAGGCUGCUGUUACUGGCGUGAGAAGGGGCGACGGAGUUGUCGCGCUCGGGGGUCCCCAGCUGCCUGCAUGGAUGUCUUCAGCUUUGUGAAGAUUGCAAAGCUUUCGAGGCACUCUGCUGUUUUAUGAGACAGGCAUUAGUGUCCCCACUUACAGUUAAGGAAACUGAGGCACAGAGCAGUUCAGUGGCAUGAGGUCACACAGCUGCCACAGGACGAAGUCUUCAGGCUGGCCGCCUCCCUCAGGAACCUGGGGCUUGAGCCAGGUGCCGCCCUAUGGAUGGGAGAUGACGGCAAACCGAGAUGGGCGAGACUACUUCAUCAAUCACAUGACACAGGCAAUCCCUUUUGACGACCCUCGGUUAGAGAGCUGCCAAAUCAUCCCUCCGGCUCCUCGGAAGGUGGAGAUGAGAAGGGACCCCGUGCUGGGAUUUGGUUUUGUGGCAGGGAGUGAAAAGCCAGUGGUCGUUCGCUCAGUAACACCAGGUGGCCCCUCUGAAGGCAAGCUGAUCCCGGGAGAUCAGAUUGUAAUGAUUAAUGAUGAACCGGUCAGCGCUGCACCCAGAGAGCGGGUCAUCGACCUGGUCAGAAGCUGCAAAGAAUCGAUACUCCUCACUGUCAUUCAGCCUUACCCUUCUCCCAAAUCAGCAUUUAUUAGUGCUGCAAAAAAGGCAAGAUUAAAGUCCAAUCCAGUCAAAGUACGCUUCUCUGAGGAGGUCAUCAUCAACGGCCAAGUGUCGGAAACUGUUAAGGACAACUCACUUCUUUUUAUGCCAAAUGUUUUGAAAGUCUAUCUGGAAAAUGGGCAGACCAAAUCAUUUCGUUUUGACUGCAGCACUUCCAUUAAGGAUGUCAUCUUAACCCUUCAAGAGAAGCUCUCCAUCAAAGGCAUUGAACACUUCUCUCUCAUGCUGGAGCAGAGGACAGAAGGGGCCGGAACGAAGCUGCUCUUGCUUCAUGAACAGGAGACUCUAACUCAGGUGACACAGAGGCCCAGCUCCCAUAAGAUGAGAUGUCUUUUCCGAAUUAGCUUCGUCCCAAAAGAUCCAAUUGACCUUUUAAGGAGAGAUCCAGUUGCUUUCGAGUAUCUCUAUGUUCAGAGUUGUAACGACGUGGUUCAGGAGCGAUUUGGGCCGGAGCUGAAAUAUGACAUAGCCCUGCGGCUGGCCGCAUUACAAAUGUACAUUGCAACCGUUACCACCAAGCAAACGCAGAAAAUCUCCCUCAAAUACAUCGAAAAAGAAUGGGGAUUAGAGACUUUUCUUCCCUCUGCUGUGCUGCAAAGCAUGAAAGAGAAGAACAUAAAGAAAGCACUUUCACACCUUGUCAAAGCAAAUCAAAACUUGGUACCACCGGGUAAAAAGCUCUCUGCACUACAAGCCAAGGUCCAUUAUCUCAAGUUCCUCAGUGACCUACGAUUGUAUGGGGGCCGUGUGUUCAAGGCAACAUUAGUGCAGGCAGAAAAGCGCUCAGAAGUGACUCUCCUGGUUGGGCCCCGGUAUGGCAUAAGCCAUGUCAUCAACACCAAAACCAAUCUGGUGGCUCUUUUAGCCGACUUUAGCCAUGUCAACAGGAUCGAAAUGUUUUCCGAGGAGGAGAGCUUGGUGCGGGUAGAACUCCACGUGCUAGAUGUGAAGCCUAUCACGCUUCUGAUGGAAUCCUCAGAUGCCAUGAACCUGGCCUGCUUGACGGCUGGAUACUACCGGCUGCUUGUUGAUUCCAGGAGGUCGAUAUUUAACAUGGCCAACAAGAAAAACACAGCGACCCAGGAAACAGGACCUGAAAACAAGGGGAAGCAUAACCUCCUUGGCCCAGAUUGGAACUGUAUACCCCAAAUGACCACCUUUAUUGGCGAAGGGGAACAAGAAGCCCAGAUAACAUACAUAGAUUCAAAGCAGAAGACGGUGGAGAUCACAGACAGCACCAUGUGUCCAAAAGAGCACCGGCACUUGUACAUAGACAAUGCCUAUAGUUCAGAUGGACUUAACCAGCAGCUGAGCCAGCCCGGGGAGGCCCCCUGUGAGGCAGACUACAGAAGUCUAGCUCAGCGGUCCCUAUUGACCCUCUCAGGACCAGAAACUCUGAAGAAAGCACAGGAAUCUCCGAGAGGAGCUAAAGUGUCCUUUAUUUUUGGAGACUUCACCUUGGAUGAUGGUAUUAGUCCCCCAACCCUCGGCUAUGAAACGCUACUAGAUGAGGGUCCUGAAAUGCUGGAGAAGCAGAGAAAUCUCUACAUUGGCAGUGCCAAUGACAUGAAGGGCCUGGAUCUCACUCCAGAGGCAGAGGGCAUCCAGUUUGUGGAAAAUUCUGUUUAUGCAAACAUAGGCGAUGUGAAGAGCUUCCAGGCCGCGGAGGGGAUCGAGGAACCCCUCUUGCACGACAUCUGUUAUGCAGAAAACACUGAUGACGCAGAGGACGAGGACGAGGUGAGCUGCGAGGAGGACCUCGUGGUGGGGGAGAUGAACCAGCCGGCCAUCCUCAACCUGUCUGGGUCAAGCGAUGACAUCAUUGACCUCACAUCCCUGCCCCCUCCAGAAGGUGAUGACAAUGAGGAUGACUUCCUGUUGCGUUCCUUGAACAUGGCCAUUGCCGCACCCCCACCUGGCUUUAGAGACAGUUCAGAUGAAGAGGACUCUCAGAGCCAGGCAGCUUCCUUCCCCGAGGACAAGGAGAAAGGCAGCAGCCUGCAAAAUGAUGAGAUCCCCGUGUCCCUCAUUGACGCUGUGCCCACCAGCGCCGAAGGCAAGUGUGAGAAGGGACUGGAUAAUGCCGUCGUCUCCACGCUGGGAGCUCUAGAGGCUCUAUCCGUGUCAGAAGAACAGCAGACCAGUGACAAUUCAGGUGUAGCCAUCUUGCGGGCUUAUAGUCCUGAGUCUUCGUCAGACUCGGGCAAUGAAACUAACUCUUCUGAAAUGACUGAGAGUUCUGAACUGGCCACAGCACAAAAACAGUCAGAAAACCUCUCCCGCAUGUUCUUGGCCACUCAUGAAGGCUACCACCCCCUUGCAGAAGAGCAGACCGAGUUCCCGGCCUCCAAGACCCCCGCUGGGGGCUUGCCUCCAAAGUCCUCGCACACCCUGGCUGCUAGGCCAGCAACCGACCUCCCGCCCAAAGUUGUGCCUUCCAAGCAGUUACUUCACUCAGACCACAUGGAGAUGGAGCCUGAAACUAUGGAGACUAAGUCGGUCACUGACUAUUUUAGCAAACUGCACAUGGGGUCCGUGGCAUACUCCUGCACUAGCAAAAGGAAAAGCAAGCUGGCCGAUGGUGAGGGGAAGGCACCCCCUAAUGGGAACACAACAGGAAAAAAACAGCAGGGGACCAAAACGGCAGAGAUGGAGGAGGAGGCCAGUGGUAAAUUUGGUACUGUGUCUUCACGGGACAGUCAACACCUGAGCACUUUUAAUCUGGAGAGAACUGCCUUUCGCAAGGACAGCCAAAGAUGGUAUGUGGCCACUGAAGGUGGGAUGGCUGAAAAAAGUGGAUUAGAAGCAGCAACAGGGAAAACCUUUCCAAGAGCUUCUGGUCUUGGGGCAAGGGAGGCGGAAGGGAAGGAAGAAGGAGCUCCUGAUGGAGAAACCAGUGAUGGCUCAGGACUUGGUCAAGGGGACCGCUUCUUAACUGACGUGACCUGUGCAUCUUCAGCCAAAGACUUAGAUAACCCAGAGGACGCUGACUCAUCCACCUGCGACCAUCCUUCCAAGCUUCCUGAGGCUGAUGAGAGUGUGGCCCGCCUUUGUGACUACCACUUGGCCAAGCGGAUGUCAUCGCUGCAAAGCGAGGGCCAUUUUUCUCUGCAGAGCUCCCAAGGCUCUUCAGUGGAUGCAGGCUGUGGCACAGGCAGCAGUGGCAGUGCCUGUGCCACACCCGUGGAGUCACCGCUCUGCCCCUCCCUGGGGAAGCACUUGAUUCCUGACGCUUCUGGGAAAGGCGUGAAUUACAUUCCUUCAGAGGAGAGAGCCCCUGGGCUUCCCAACCACGGAGCCACCUUUAAGGAACUGCACCCACAGACAGAAGGGAUGUGUCCACGGAUGACAGUGCCUGCUCUGCACACAGCCAUUAACACCGAACCCCUGUUUGGCACAUUGAGAGAUGGAUGCCAUCGGCUCCCCAAGAUUAAGGAAACCACAGUGUAGCUUUGACAGAGCCUGGGAAGGAGAGACGAGGAGGCAUGCCUUCAGCUUGGUCUCAACAUCCUGAAGCUGAUCCCAUCCUGCUACCAUCAAACAUUCACUCGGAAUCAAAGGUGCCAAUUCCAAAUCAAGACCCUAAUGAUUUCUCCCAAGCAAAUCAGGCAUACGGAGAGGCUGUGAGCUGGCGGCCACCGGAUCUGAGAGGGGGGAGCCUCAGGACACCCCCCAGCCAGAAGGCUCUGAGACAUAGCAGCAGUAUCCUCUCCGGAUCUGUCGAUUUGGAGACCUUCCGAGAGAGAACCAAGGGUGCAGUCAGCUUAAAGUGUCCAGGCAUCACAGAAGCACAGGAGGCCAGUUCUGAAAGGCGAGCAGAACUCCCCCUGGGGAGGAAGCUCACCAAAAGUUUUUCCCAAAGCUCAAUGCACUUGAGCUCUGAGGGGAGGUUUCACAAAAGGUCCCCAGUGGCUCAUAAAGACUCAAAGCUGUAUAGGACAUUACCCUUGCGGAAGCUGGAGGGCAGCAAUUGGAGAUGCCGGGGACCCUUCAGCUAUUGCUUCCUGAACCGAGGGCAGGAUGAAGAUGGUGAGGAAGAAGAGGAGAGGGGAGAGGCCACCGUCCAGGUCUCUUGCCUCUAUAGACCACAGAUGACUCAAGCCAUGCCAGAACCAAGCAGCCCAUGCCUGGCUGUGGCGAUUCAGAAGCAACGAGGGGAGCUAUCCAGAGGGUCAGUGCUGAAGGUCUGGGCAGAAGACCUGCGAGACCCGGAUGACUUGGACUUCAGCAACCUGGCUUUUGAUGCCCGGAUUGCUAGAAUAAAUGCCCUAAAGGAGAGCACAUAUGCAAUGCCUGAUGGGUUCCUUGCAGCCCAAAAUGAUGCCAAUGAGCUGCUCUGUCUCGUCAGGGCAACCAAGGAGAAGAGAGAGGAGUCACGCCCUGAAGCGUACGACCUUACACUUUCUCAGUACAAGCAACUGUUAUCCAUUGAGUCCAGACAGUUGGGAAGUGCCUGUAGGAAAAUGGCGAUGGCUGAGAAAAGCCCGGAGGAGAUGCUCCUAGCUAUGACUUCCAGCUUUCAAGUGCUCUGUUGCCUAACAGAAGCUUGCAUGCGAUUAGUUAAAGUCGUGAACUCAGAAACACAGCGGCAGGAAAUUGUAGGGAAGAUCGAUGAAGUGGUCAUAAAUUACAUUUGUCUACUGAAAGCUGCCGAAGCAGCCACUGGAAAGAACCCUGGGGACCCUAAUGUUGGACUCUCGGCGCGACACUCAACCACCAUGGCCGCUCUCGUAAGCACACUGACACGUUCUCUCAAGAGGCUUUUAAACAAAUAAAUAUGGAAGUCACGUCAUAAUCUACCUUUGCAAAGCCAUACAUGAACUUUUAUUUACUUUGUGUGUAUGAUGAACAGAUGUCUCCUUUCUUCUCUCUGUAUAUUUUGUUAUUUUAUAUAAAAUAGGAGAUAAAAGUCACAUUGAUGAAAUGUUGAAAUGUACUAAUCAGAUGUAUUCUGUUUAUAUUAUACAUAUAUAUACACGUAAAAGAAAUGUCCAAGAAAGUGAUGACAUUUGGCUAUUUUUCAUAUAGUUAAAACUCCAGGUAUAUGAUGUGAAAUUUUAAAUUCUACCAUGUUAGAGCAAAACAAUGAAUCCUAUCCCCUUUCUUUCCAAGUAGCUACUUGGAAACCAUAUCAUUCAUAUUUAGAAGUAAAACACAAAACAAAAAAGAGAGAGAAAAGAAAAGAAAUCACAAUGUAUAUAAAACAGUACUUAUGUUUUAAAAUUAUGAUUUUUAAGCAUUGGAAAUAGCAAAAAGACGUUUAAAAUUCAAGAAGCUAUUAUGAAUUACUAGAGAAUAUAUCUGUAAUAAAUUAAUUUUUUGCUCAUAGUAUUUGGUUACUGGAUGCUUUCUUCCAAGAAUCCCACAUAUUUAAUUUGGGUUUUUGCUAUUGGGGCUACAAAUUGGUGGGGAUGGAUUCUACUGUGUCAGCACAAAUGCUCUUCACAGUGUUUCUAGCAUUUAAAAAACUUCCCAGGGAGAAGAACAGAGGGGAUGAUGGGCAGUUUCCUAGGUAAUACCUAGAGUUAUAGAAUAUCUCAUUACAUAAAAUGUAUGGAAUUAAUAAUACCAAAAUUAAUUAUUUGAUGGAAAGAUCUGCUUUGACUAAAUGUCAAAAAUCUGCAAACCAAAGACAUUAUCUUCCCCUCACCCCAACUCAACUACGAAACUUAAAAUUCCCUUUAGAGUGAUAGGACAUUUAGUAAAGUAUUUGCAAACUUAAAAAAAGGAACAUUUAAUGAUCAUCAAAAUUAAGUACAGAUUCAGUAAUGUAGACCAGACCACACACCAGCACCUGUGAGUCUCAUCUCAGAUCACAGCUCUCAGCAUAGGGCUUCAUGCAUCACCGCCUCUACAGAGGCUAAGGCUGCCAAUCAAAUUUGGAAUUAUAGCGUAGUACUGGGACAAAAUCUCAAAUCUUGGAUGUUCCAGAAAAUCAGGGAGAGAUGGCUACUGUAAUCAUGGGAGCCAUGAGUAAAUAGUUAAGUAUUUAUUAAAUAAAUACUUAAUCUGGAUUGGCUGAUAAAAAUAUGAAAUCUGAAAAAAAAAGAAAGAAAUGGAAGUGGUAUAUUUGACCAGUUCAAGUGAAACCAAUGGAAUGCAAAGAACUUUCCAGGACUGUCACAUCUCUAAAAGUACCCUGCAGUCAUAAAAUAAAAUCGAUAUGUAUAUAUGUAUUUCCUGGGUCAUUCAGUGCUCAAGUUACAUGCACUCCUACUUAGACAGGUGGCUCCUUAAGAACAUGAUGGGAGUACACCAGGUGCAAAUAUUUCUACUUUUGUAGCCUGCUGAGAGGGAGGCAUAACACAGUCCACAAUUGCAAUCUCUCUCUAGUCAGCCAUUCCACAGGGACUCAACAACAAAAGCCACACGUGGUUAUGGAUGGCAGCAAAGGAAAGGAGUUUAGGCGUGUGUUAUUAUAAAUAAUGUUUAACUAAAUAAUAAAACAUUAUUUCACUACAAUUAUAAUUAUAAAUAUUGGUGUUUUGAUAUUGAGAGAUAUUAGUGGUGUUUACUGUGGAAAAUCUUAGUAAAUAUCAUUCUGUGUACUAAAAUCCUAACCUAUUAGUAGGAUGUGUGCCCUAUGUCAGACAGUGUGCUAAGCAUAUUAACUAUAUUAUCUCAUUUAAUCAUCACAACAAUCUGCUGGUUUGGACACUAUUCUCUCUGGAGGCAAUAUGGAUGAGUUGUUACGGAUAUGGGGUUUGGGGUCAGAAACAUCUUGAUUUAAAUUUUGACUCUGCCAUUUUCUAGCCCUUUUAUGUUGGGAAAGCUACUUUUUCUAGUCUCAAUUUCCUCAUAAUAAAAUGAAAAUCAAUUAUAAGAUCGAUUUCCAUAGGGUUGUCAUGAGUUUUGAGUAAAAAUGUGUAUGUAAAGUUCUUACCACAAUACCUGGCAGAGAGUAAGUAUUCAAUUAAUGUUAGCUAUUAUUAUCAUCAUAAUCGUUGUGUUAAAUAUAUUGCCCAAGAUAAUAUGUGGGGGAAUGUUUGUUUUAUAUGCAUAUUGUAUCCUGACUGUGUGCAGAACACAUUAUGUGUAUUGCAUAUAUGUAAAAGAAGUGUACAAGGAAGUGACCAUCCUUGUUCAAGUCACAUAUCUAGUUAGAACAACUUCCCAGUCCGUUGGAGUUCUUUGAGAAGCCUCAGGGAAGUAGCUCUGGGUCCUUCUAAUCAACCUCCCAUUACUGCGCCAGUAAGUUUCUGUUUCUUAUAAAUAAACUCUUUGCUAUUCAGAAAACCUCAAGGGGCCCCCACAUUCACUAAGCAUGGGGCUCCUAACUGGGGUCCAGGUCCAUAGAGUGUAAGAAGAACAUAUUAGAACAAUACUUGUGCUUAUUUUUAUCUAGCUUUUUUAUGUUUGUGUAUGUUUUAUAAUGGCAUAAUAGUACAAUGGUACAUGUACAUAAUUUUAAAUAAAUAAAUGAAUGAAUGAAUAAAUAAGCAUAUGCCUGGUGCAUGCAUGUGACAAUAUUGUCGCAGGUAGGGUUGCAUUCACUGAAAUCUGGAGAGCACUGAACUGGAGAAUAAACCUUCCUUAUACUCACGGUUCUUUACGUUUAGUCCCCAGUCUACUUUGCCAAGUUUAUCUCCUACCAUUUUCAUUAAUCUUUUAUCACAAAUCUUUCAAACAAAAGUAGACACAAUUGUAUGAAUUCAUGUGGACUCAUUACCUACCGAUUCAUGUCUAAUCUUAUUUUCUGUAUUUCUACCCACCUCCUCUCCCACUGUAUGAUUUAGAAGCAAGUCCCAGACAUCAUAGUGCUUAGCCCAUGAAUAUUUCAGUAAGAAUAUCCUGUGAGAACUUUUAAACAUAACCAGAGUGACGUUUUUGCAUUUUAAAAAUUGGGAAUUCCUUAAUAUUAUCAAAUAAACAUUACAGAAAUAAAUGAUGGAGAAAGUAAUAAUCCCCUUAAACCCAACUUCCAAAGAUAACCAUUGUCCACAAUUUAGGGGCUCUUCAUUCCAUCCUUUACUGUAUUAUAUAGUAAAGUUAUUUGUAUUUUAUUUGUUUAUGAGCUUUGCUUUUGGCUCAGAGAGUUGUUCUGACCACAGUUGCCCUUGUACCUAAGUGUCAGUCCCAGCAUAUUUCACAUAAGUGAAUUCGUCAGAAGGGAUAUGAGUGAUGUGGAAGGACAGAGUGCUCAGAUCAACAACCACACAGCAUUAGCUUCAAGAAAAAAAAUCAAAAAAUGAAUGCAAUUGCCGAGACAUUAAAAUUAGCACAGAUCCCACUAACCUUAAGCUCAGCAGAAAUUAGUCUAAUCACAAACGAAAUUAUUUUCCAGAAAAGCCUGAAAUCACUAGCUAUAGCAAUACUACAAUGGCUCAAUUCCUUUUGCUAUAAAUUUUAUCUUUCAUUAUGAUUUCUCUUAGGAAAGAAAAUCUUCAUUUGUUUAUGUUCUGCUUUCAUAUAGUUCUAAAUGCCAGUAAUUAAUUCUCUGAAUGUUACUUCUGAGUGACCCAGGACAGUGCUCUAAUUUAUCCUGCCUGGAUUAUCCUUGAUUUGGCAGUUGGGGCGGGGCUGUUUUUCCUUUUGACUGGUUAUCACCCUUCAAAAUUGUGCAACUUUUUGAAAUGGAAAACAAAUCACCUAUGUUCAGGUAAUUCCUUAUGUUUUCCAAACAUUUAGAAACCUUCAUGGGGAUCAAAAUACAUUAAUAUUGCCAGGCACAGUGGCGUGUGCCUGUAAUCCCAGCUACUUGGGAGGCAACACGGAAAGACUUCAUUUCAAAAAAAAGAAAAUAAAAAGACUAAAAACAGAAGGAAAAAGUUGCAUCAAUAUUACAUUGUCUGUAACCUGAUUUUGUCUUUGCUUUGAAAGUGGUCAAUUUUGAUUUGUGUAGAUAGCGAUGUGUGUGUGUGUGUGUGUGUGUGCGCGCGCAUGCCUAUGGGUCUGUAAGACCAGCUAUCAGUUUGGUUUUAUAGAUUUCAGUACUAGCUCCCCCUCUAGCAAUGCAAAAACUACGAAAAAUAAAUUUGUAUGUAACAUCCCAAAUCUUCUUUUAAAGUCAGGUUGCAGCAAUAGCUUUUCAGCUUUGACAGAUCAAAGAUUAAGAACCUCGCCUUUUGAAGUGAAUUUUUAUUCAUAACAAUUUGAAUAUCAUUAAAUUGGAUACUUUUUAUUUAUUCCACCUAUACCCUGGCCACCCAUCUCACUUUUUAAUUCCAAAGCCUAUACAUAGAAAAUCCACAGAAGAACAAUCUGUAUCUCUAUCAAAUAUUUGUUGCUACUCAAAAUAAUGGAAUGGCUUAAAUCCUACAUCACUGAAAGAAAUAGAUAAUCAAAUAUCCAAAGUAACUUACUGCACCAUUCAACUUCAAAUUAACCAGCUGCCUUCCGUGAAACUGUCUAUAUUUAUCAAUGCAUCUUAAUUUUCUAUUACACAUUAAUUUCAAAGCACUGGGUUUUGGGGUUUUUGUUUGUUUGAGGUUUUUAUUUUUUCAUUCUUUGUGUUAAUUCACAUUUUCUACUCUAAAGCCUGGACCAAAAUUCUGUGCCAUUUGUGGCAUCAUCAUUCACCACUAUAGGCAGAAUUCACUUUGGUAGUGGAUGUAUGUGGGAUUGGUGGAAUUUAGCUUUCUUGGUAACCUGCAGCCAUGUAAUAUUCCUGCUGUUUUCAUUUUGAUUAGUUCCCAUUUCCUAACUUGCUUUUUCAUUAAUGAUUCAUGAUUUCUUCCUGCCUCCCACUUAAAGGAAGAUGGAUCCAUUUUUUCACUCAUUCAUUCACCAGCUAUUAUUAACUUCCUAAUCUAGGCAGACAUCGUCCUAAGUGCUACAGGUGGGUACGAUGAUGAAUAUGACUGACAUUGUCCCUGCCAAAGAUGGAGCGCCUAUUCUAGAAUUGGCAAAGCUUUUUCAUUCCUCAAGAAAGUAGAGGUUCAGACUGAGUUAGCAUUACAGGCCGCCUUCCUUUGCAUGGUAGUGCAGGACUGGGAAAGUGACCAUGCAAGCUGAAACUCUGCAAAGCAAUCAAUAAUCAAUGAGAAAAAUUAUACCUGUUCCAUGACCUACAACAAUUUUUGUCAAAACUUACAUACUCUCUUAUUGUCAGUUAUUAAUGUAUAGGGACAUGAAAAAGUGCAGUAAAAUUGAUAUUUAUUUAGUACACAGUAAUUUAAACUAUUAGAAACCUUGAGAAUUAAACUGGAUCUUUUUUGUAAAAAUUUAUCAAGAGGAGUUUGAACAGUGCUUGCCUUCUUUUAUUCAUCAUAUAGCUUAAUGAUAUAGAUAAGCAUUCUUCUUCUAUGCCUUUGGCAAAUUGUCAAAGCUUCCCAUAUUUUAUCAUUUGUGUUUUUAUUAUUGUGAAAUAUCUCCAAGAGUUCCUUUCAUGUGAAGUGUUUUUUUUUUCCAGUGUCACUUUCUCUGAGACAGCUUCAUCCUUUUCCUCAUAACUUCUCCCCUUAUUUAUGUUGAUGCAUGUACCUUCACUGCAUCUCUCUGGUGGCACAUCUACAGUCUCAAAUGAGGGCAAUGUCAUUCCCACUGUCAGCUACUUCUUUGAUGAUUCCAUUGAUGUCUUAUUUUAAUUUCACUUCUAGUGUUAUCACUUUUGUUUCUUUGUUGCACUUUCAUCUUUGUUGACCAGUUCUCUCUAUCAAUGCUCCAAUUUUAUUAAAUGUUACAUGGCCUUAUCACAUGGGGGAAAACAAAAGAAGGCAGCACAUCUACUUGCUUUUUGCUGUGUGUGCAUGAGCUGAAUAACAGACCAAUCAGUGGCAGACUUGGAAAGAAGUAAUGCAAUUGGUUGCUGACCAUCAUGCACACCUUUUAUUUGUGUAGUGAUUUUUGGAUUGAGCAGCUAAUGGCAAACUUUGUGCUUUAUGCAAUUCAGUUAACAUAUCAUGGUAACUGAAAUUUAAGCUAUGUUGUUGGGGACUGGUAGAUUAGCAAAACCAUGGUAACUGAAAUGUAUGCAUAUCAGGACCAUGAAUAAUGAGGACUAAAUGUGUAGCAUUCAGCACUGUUCAAUAGAACUCUCUGUGAUGAUGGAAAGUGUCUAAAUCCUUGAUACUCAAUAUGAUAACAAAUAGUCAUAUGUGGCUGCUGAGUAUUCCCAAUGUGGCCAGUAUGACUAAGGAAUCAAAUUUUAAACUUUAUAUAAUUUAAUUAAUUGAAUUUAAACAUUCACACGUAGCUAUUGUCUACCACAUUGUACAGUGCAGUUCUAGCGGGCAAGCAGAUAAAAAGAGUGAAAAAUAAACAGAAUGAGAGAUCGCAGCAAGUUCUGGGAGGGAACAUUAUAGGCUUCUGAGGAAGAAAUCACAUAUAAGUCAGGGAUUUGCCUACAAUUUGGAGAAAGGAACUAACUCUGAUCAGUCAGUACACAUGACACUCAUUUCAUAUAGACCCUGCUAAAGAAAUUUAAAUGAUAUAUGCAAUAGAGAAAGUUGCAGAUAAAGACUUUCCUUCAUUAGACCAUGAGCUUGACUUAGCCAAAACCAUUUUUUUGGCCCCAAGUCCUAGGUGGAAAGACAACUGAGCAUCUUCUUAAAAAUUAAAACAUACACACACAUACAUAGACUCAAAUACACUCACUUGUUCUUAGCCUUUGCAUGUCUUACAUGAUGAUAUGUGAUUUGCGUGGAUAAUUAGUUCUUCCCCAAGAUUUGAAAAUCUGCUGUAAAAUGUUGGCUAUACAUUAGUUUGUGAAUUGUUGACAAAGGCAUUGGAGAGUGUGAAGUGUGGUGGCAAAUACUGACCUAACAGCCAACAUAGUGGUUGUUCCCUAAAACAUGUCCUUCCCAACACAGUCUGAGCUCACACCAGCACUCAGCUCAGAGCCUAAGCUUUCCUCUGCUUUUUCUCCCAUCUUUCUACCUAUUCUUGGUCCCAAUUUCCUUCUUGGUUGGGUUUCAAGGCUGUUCCCAAGUCCACUCAGAUGUGGCCCAACAUGUUCUGCAGCCUAAAAUAUAAAUACUGUAUAGGGUAGAAAGGAAUAAAGGAAGAGGUGAGGCUCACAGUUUUGUGAAAGCCAAUUUAAAUUUAGUAUUCAAUAUUCUUUAUUUCUUCCCUCUGUCUUCUUUCCCCUCUUUGUCUUCCCUGACACUCCCCCCACCCCACCUCUCUGUAUUAGUUUCCUGUUGCUGCAUGACAAAUUAACACAAAUGUAGUGACUUACAACAACAAGCAUUUAUUAUCUCAUAGUUUCCGUGGGUCAGAAGUCUGGGCACAGCCUAACUGGCUCAGAAAGGUUGCAGUCAAGGUUUCAGCUGGGCUGCAUUCUCAUCUGAAGGCUUGGCUGGGUGCAAGUCUGCUUCCAAGCUCAUUCAAAUUGUUGGAGUAACCCAUUUUCUUGAGGGUGUAUGACUGAAGUCCUGGCAUUUUACCAGCUGGAGACUAGAGGCCACCCUCAGGUCAUGGAAGCUGCUCACAGUUCCUUGCCACAAGGGCACCUUUAACAGGGCUGCUUAUGUUAUCAAGCCUAUGAGGAGAAUCCAUUACCUCAGGGAGGGCCCAGUCCCUCCUUUAAGGAUUUUCACCUGAUCAAGUCAGGUCCACUUAGAAUAAUCUCCCUCUUGAUUACCUAAAAAUUAACCUAUUGGGACCUUAAGUGCAUUUCCAAAAUUGCUUCACCUUUGCCAUAUGCUAUUGGCUAGAAGCAAUAGCUUCCUGCCCACACUCCAGGGGAGAGGAUUGUACGGGGCAUGAACACCAAGGGGCAGGAAUCGUGGGGGCCACCUUAGGGUCUGUCCUCCAUGCCCACCAAGGCUCUUCCCCCAGCUACAGAUCCAACGGAUCACAUAUCACAUAUUCCUCUAGAUAGAUGAAAUAGUAUAAUUUGAAAUACCGACUUGAAAGGUUUUCAGGACCCACAGCCCUAAUGUGAGUCAUUAAAGGCCAUACGGGAAACCUUCAGCCUUCUCUGCCCUGGCCCAGGUCCAUUCUCUAGAUAUAUUUCUGUAUUAACAUGCCAAGUUGCUCCGGGGAUGGAAACUCCAAUAAUUAUGAUGUGCUGACCUGUGCAGGUCAGGAUUUUAUUAGUGCUAAGUCCAUAGGUGAGCUUCUUGUGACAAUGGGACUUUUUUCAUUGCACUCAUUUUAGUCAAGUUAUGACUUCAGGAUCAGGUUAUAUAGAAUAAUUCAACUAGCAGAUAAAUUGUUAAAUAUGCUGAACUUUAACCAGCAUAACCACACCCUUCUCAAGUAUUUAUGGGGCAGGAGGAUGAGGUGGGCUCAAGUCACUUGCUCCUAAGUUAUUCAUCUGGAAGCAGAGCCCAUGCAUUCAAGUUCAACUCCCCAACAUGCCCCACUUGGAACUCCUCACCACAGUACCCUGAAAGGAUGCUAUUCCCUCCAUGUGUGGUCCAGCAAAGAUAAGUAUGGAACAGGACUCAUUUCUUUCUAGAUUCCAUGACCCUUUAUUCUCUUUAUUUUCCAAAGCUAUAUAAAGCUAUAUUGUUGAACAAGUGCUGGCAAAGAUGUGGAGAAAAGGAAACCCUUGUACAUUGUUGGUAGGAAUGUCAAUCAGUACAACCACUAGCGAGAACAGUUUGGAGGUUCUCAAAAAAGCUAAAAAUAGAGCUACCAUAUAAUCCAGCAAUCCCAUUGCUGGUUAUAUACCCAAGAGAUCUGCACUCUCAUGUUUGUUGCAGCUCUGUUCACAUUAGCCAAGAUGUGGAAGUAACCCAAGUGUUCACCAACAGAUGAAUGGAUAAAAAAAAAAUGUGAUACUUAUACACGAUGGAGUACUAUUCAGCCAUAAAAAAGAAUGAGAUCCUGUCAUUUGCAACAAAAUGAACAGAACUGAAGAUCAUUAUGUUAAGUGAAAUAAGUCAGGCACAGAAAGACAAACAUCACAUAUUCUCACUUUUUUGUGGAAUCUAAAAAUCAAAACGAUUUAACUCAUGGAGAUAGAGAGUAGAAGGAUGAUUACCAGAGACUGGGAAGAGUAGUUGGGGGGAUGCCUGAGAGGGAUGUGGGGGUGGUUAAUGGGUACAAAAGAAUAGAAAGAAUGAAGAAGACCUACUAUUUGAUAGCACAACAGGGCGACUAUAGUCAAUAAUAAUUUUACUGUACUUUUUAAAAUAACUAAAAGAGUAUAAUUGGAUUGUUUGUAACUCAAACGAUAAAUGCUUGAGGGGCUGGACACCCCAUUCUCCAUGAUGUGAUUAUUAUGCAUUGCAUGCCUGUAUCAAAAUAUCUCAUGUACCCCAUGAAUAUAUACACCUACUAUGUACCCACAGAAAUUAAAAAAUAAAAACAUUUUUAAAAGCUA